GAAAGCGCGCGGAAAUCAAACAACUUUCAAAGAAGAAGAAAGAAAACUGUCCACAUUCGAGACAAACCGAAAACAACAACAUGGAGUUAGAAGUUCACAGUAUAGACGCGACUGAGGCUGACCAUAUAGAUGAAAGUACGGAUUUCCCCCACAUUACCGCUGUGGCUACACGGUGGACGCUUGACUUCAUGUUUGUGAGUCUGUGUCGACAUUUUAAAGAGAACAGAGAGGAUGCAUUUGAUGAAACGCUGUCGAGUUUCGAGGCCGUGUCCCAGAGUCCAUCUCUGAAGGGAUCCACUGAUGAUAAGAAAGUACUGAUUUGUGCCUUUCUUGCCCGAGUCGUGCAUGGAAAACAGCUGGACGUCCAGUACGAGAAGGACAGGCGUGUGAUGCCUCUGAUGUCUGCUGCAAAGAUCUGGUCAGACCUGAAAGACACGGUGGCAGACAAAAGCUUGUUCAAAAACAUUACCGUCCUUUUGCUUGUCCAGUCUGUAGCUGUGUGCUUGGAGAAAGGAAGACGAUCCUCAGCCUCCUCUGCCCUCAAGUGGUUUGAAGAGAACCAUGAACUCCCCCAGAGCUUGAAAGCUAAGCUGUCCACAGUGGUGACAGAGAGGGAAACUUACCACCCGUUCCUCAUGAGCUUCAGCUUCAGCCGCUUGCUGGACACGGUGCAGUCCUUCCUGGAUGACUAUUUGGAGAAGAAUCCAUCUGACUACCUUCUUAAGGCAGCUACAAAGGUGGUCCGGUCAUUAAAGAAAAAUAGAGGUUUGAGCGACGUGAGGAAACGGGAACACUCUCAGACAGAAAUAGCAGACGAUUCAUCAGAGGAUGCAAAGGAGAGCAUGAACACUGGACGAGUGAGGAUAAGACGGAAGCUUCUGUCCACCAAAAUCACCGACGUCUGGAAACCUGAUUCAUGCAAAAAAAGUGUGGUCUGCGUCCAAAGAAUCUCUGAGCAUGAGCUAUCUCAAGUAUCACCCAGAAAGCCAGCGGACACGUCGAAUAUCCAGAAAGCCAGAGCAGCGCGUCAGAAAUGGACGACAGCACAGGAUAAGCAGCUUGAGAAGGGUGUGAGAUGUCACGGCCUGGGGAAGUGGUCUCGCAUAUUACUUGAUUAUGAUUUUGAAGGACGUAGUGGCACCAUGCUUAAAGACCGCUGGAGAAUUCUAGUGAAGACCAACAAAGUCAGCUGAAGGAGGAGAGUGUGUCUCUGAUUUGUAUAGUGUAGCAGCUUGCCUGAAGUAACAACAUCAAUGAAACCGGUCCUCUUAUUUUAUCCCUUUAGCUCGAUUACUUCAGAUGUUUUUGGUAUGUUAGAAUUUGCUUCUGUGUUUGCACUAUGGAUAUUUCCACCAGAGGGCGCUCAACACAUCAUAUUGAAAUGUGCUGUGCACUGUCUCUGUGAUGAGAAACAUCUGAUCUGUAGCCUCCACCUUGUACAGUGUAGUUUUAGUUUAUCUGUAGAAUGAAAGAAGGGAGUUUCUGCUUUGUUUUAUUUAUAUAACCGUCUAAUUCUUCACUCUGAACUUUUACAUUUACUGUGCUCUUUGCUGCUCUGUCUGCACCAAGAGAAUAGCCAUCAAAAUGACCACCAGGGGGCAAUCAACACUGAGUAAUAAGCUGAGCAGUGUGUCCUCUUAAAUAUUUGUUUAAGGCACAGUCAGAUCAAACUUUUAAAAAAAAAAUACAAAUUAAGUUACAAUGUUUUAAAUGAAAAUUGUACUUUGAAUACAAGAUAUUUGUUACAAUAAAAGUAUGAGAAUCAG